AUGGCCCGGGGCUCCCGGCGCCGCAGGAGCGGCGGCGGCGGCGGCUCUGGGCGCGGCCCGGCCCCGGCACGGGGUCGCCCGGGCGCUCACGUCGCCGCCUCGGCGGCCAUGCGGCGGGGGUGGCGUGUCCCGAGCGGCCAGGGAACCCCGCUCGGCAGCCGAGCCCGAGCCGGCCCCUCCCGGCGCCCGCGCCCCGCCCCGCGCCGCGCCGAGAAGCCGCCGCGCUCCCGCGCCCCGCCCGCUGCGGGGACUUUCCCGGGCCCCCCCCAGCCCCGCCGCCGCCGCCGUCCCCGGGAACCGCGGCCCGGGGGGUCCCGCGCGGCCCUGGCGCAGCCUUUGCAGACACCGGAGCCGGGGCCCCACCGAGGCCGGCCGGCCCGGGCCUGGCACAGGAGUGGGGUGGAGAGGGAACCCUGCCAGAUGCCACUUUCGGGGGCUUGCGAUGCUGCCGGCAAGACCCCUCGAGACCCGAGGUCGCAGAACUCUUUCGAAAGUGGCCUCUGUUGUAAAAAUGCGUGAUCAAAUGAAUCUCGCGCAGUGUUUGAAUGAUGCUUUGAGUGAGUUUUUCAAGACAAAGACGAGUUUAUAUACGUGAAGGGAAAAAAGCAGGACAUAAGUCAGAAUCCUUCCAAAAGUGACUCACUGAAAAUGACUGGAGGAUGGAGAUCCGGUGCUGGCUCAGCGAGUUAAGGACCCGAGCCUGUCUCCGUGAGGAUGCGGAUUGGAUCCCUGGCCUCGCUCAGUGGGGUUAAGGAUCUGGCCUUGUGGCAAGCCGCUGUCAAAGAUUCCGCUGCAACUCUAGCUCAACUCCACCCCUAACCCAGGAACUUGCAGGGAACUUCCAUAUGUCACAGGUAGA